UGCCGCAUUGCGAAUCCUUAACAGCCGUGUUUCAGCUUGAGCUCAUUCUCGUCUCUGUCAGGACCUUCUUCUCACCAGUCUUUGUUUCCCACAGGAUCGCCAGUCCGGCACGACACCACCGACAUGCCUCAGUUUGGGGCGACCUUCUACCCCGGAGGUGUGGACGACUACUACAUGCCCGAAGUAAUCGCUCCUGCGCCUCAGAGGAUCAUGCCAGAAGUCCCCGAGAAUAUGCAACAGGGGCUGCAACGGAUGGAACUCGAAGCGCACUCUGUCGAGCCCAAGAAAACAGCAGGAUCGCCCGAACCACAGACCCGUCAUGGCCGAGAACCUUCCCUAUCUACAGUACUUAACACGAAGGUUGGUGGCUAUGGCUCGCAAUACAGCCAACAGGCGACCAGAUCCAACACCGACUACAGUGUGGCCUCGGCGACCACUUACACCUCGUCAGUGUACAGCGCCCAUCCAGAGACCGAAAGUCCGAAGAUCGAUAGCUCUCGGGAUAAGGGCGGCGUUCCGUCCUUCUCGCCCUUUCCUGUUGAGAAAGAGGCAGUACUUGCCGAAAGUCGCCAGUUUGUACUCCACUCAAACGAUCCGAACAUGCAGAUAUGCUGGGCUCGCGACGUCCUCAUGUAUGUUGAGAUUGCUGCCGAGGCGGCCGCACGCGAAGCGGAUGCUGUCCGAGCCCCCGGCGAUCGUUCCUCCAGCGAAAGACCCGCGACACCCAAGAUUGAGCAUGAGCUACGAGUAGAUGCGAUCAAUAUCGUGUCGUACCUAGCCGACCAAGGACAUCCAGAGGCUGUUUUCAUUCGCAGCAAAUGGUGGGAAUUUGGCAAAUUCGGGAAGAGACAGGACAAGAAGGAGGCUUACAGUGGCUAUGCGAUGGCUGCCCAGCAGGGUUGGGGUCGUGCCGACUACCGGAUUGGAAUGCUGUAUGAGAAUUCCAACGACGUCGAGAAUGCCAUGAAGCACUACCGCUUAGGCCAGGCUGCCAACGACUCUGCGGCUUCAUAUCGCUUGGGAAUGGUCAACCUCAUGGGACAACGCGGUCAACCGCGAGACCUUGUUCGGGGGCUGGACCUUAUCCACACGGCUGCAGAUACCGCCGAUGAGGAUGCUCCCCAAGGCGCUUUCGUGUACGGAAUGCUCAUAGCACGAGAUCUUCCCGAUGUCGCCGUGCCAGACGGUGUACUUCCCCUGGAUCUUGGGCUUGCGAAGCAAUACAUCGAGAAGGCCGCCUAUCUCGGAUUCGCCAAGGCUCAGCUGAAGAUGGGCCAGGCUUAUGAGCUAUGUCAACUUGCUUGCGAAUUCAACCCCGCUCUAUCGCUGCAUUACUACGGGCUGGCGGCCAAGCAAGGACUCCCAGAGGCGUGCUUAGGUGUGAGCCGAUGGUUCCUCUUCGGCUACGAAGGCAGCUUUGCCAAGAAUGAGCAGCUCGCUUUCAAGUAUGCACAGCUUGCCGCCAAGGCGGGCCUGGCGACAGGCGAGUUUGCCAUGGGCUACUACUACGAGAUCGGCAUUUCGGUCGACAAGAACAUCACCGAGGCCCGUAAGUGGUACGAAUUGGCGGCGGAUCAUGGCAACAAGGACGCUGUUGGACGACUCGAUGGCCUGUCGCAGUCCAAGACGCUCUCUAAGCAAGAUCACGAGACGACUGCGCUCGGCAGAAUCAAGUCGAAGCACGGUUCCCAGCGAGGGCAACGACCGGAGAGAUUCAAGCAAGUCGGGGGCGCAAUGCCAACGCUGAGCGAGAGUUCACCGCGAGCCUCGCCCCAGCCUUCGCCACAGGCAAGACCAACUGAGAAUCACAUGGAUUUUCCGGAUCCCGCCCGGCACGAAAAUCCAAAAGGCCCAGCUUUCGCUCUCAACAUCGCCGACCGGCCAGGCUCCGCGGCUCCCUACCCUGAAGACAGGCCUGUUCCUGGUGGCCUGGCGUUGCGGCCCAAGUCAGCGGCGCCGUACCCAGAGGAUGACGUGCGGAGACCCGCCUCAUAUGGCGGCCAGUUGCGUCCACACUUGAACGCAGGCCCGAUCGCAGAUCGUCCGGGAAGCGCAUUUGGUAUUCGGACACAAUCCCCGGGGCGCGGUGGCCCGCCCAUGGGUCCUGGCAUGCGCCCUUCACAGUCUGCUGGGCAGCUUCCGCUGCCCUCUGCCGGAGUCGACCCCAACCGUGGCCGACCCGUUUCAGCAGCUCAGGGUCCUCCCGGUGGAUAUGGGCAGCCCGGACCUCGUCCUGCCACAACACAACCACCAUCGAGUCAACGGCCUCCACAGCCUGGGCCCGGCCCAAUGCAGGGCAACCCAGGGCAAGGACGCAAGCCGUUGCCGCCUGGCCAAGGACUUCCUGGGCGAGAUGUCGGCCCCGGACCCAGGAACCCCAAUUAUGGACCCGGCGGUGGUCCUGGCGGUCCUGGCGGUCCUCAUGGUCCCGGUCCUCAUGGCCCCGGUCGCGCGUCUGCCGGACCUCCUGGACCUGGUCCUCAAUCUCCUGCGAUGAGUGGCGGUCUGGGCGGACCUCCUGGCCGUCUGCCUGCCGGCCCAGAUGGCCGCACUGGUACUCCACAAUCUCGACCGCCAAUCUCCAGCCCUGCGCCUAGCACAAGCACCCAAGGGUCGACGGCGACCAUGCGGCCACCAGCCAGUGGCACCUCUACUCCUGCCAAGCAAGGACCAGCCACGUUUGAAGCCAUGGGCAUUCCCAAAGCAAAGAAGGAGGACGACUGUGUUUGUGUUUAAAACCUUGGCAACCCAAAUUGGUGGUGCAUUAUCGGCGGAGCUUGCUUGACUUUUAAUAUAUUUCUCUGGGGUUGGGCAUAUUUUGCCAGGUACAGCAGUGGCACAGAGGCAAAUUGAUAUUUUUAGAGUUAAAAAAAGAAAUGAUACCACUUCUUGGGGGUUUUGUGGCUUGCUGCCUUGGUGGCAUUUGUUAUUACGCUGGUGCUAAAAUGCGGUGAUCU